AGAGUGCAGAGCUGUGAUCUGCAGAUCAUAAAAGAGGCUGCAGAGGCAUUUGUUCAGUGAAUAAUGGUAGUUUUAUCAAAGGAUCAAAAGAAAAAGUAAGUACAAUAUGUAAUGCUACACAGUUCCCACCCCUCAAAGUAUGUCAGCAAAGGGUGUGUUAACGGAAAUAUACAAAAGAAAAGACUGCAAAAGCUGGUUGGCAGAUUGCCCCGAACAGAUAAAGUGAGUCUGCUAAUAGAACAUCAAUAGCUGUGUCUCUCUGCUGCCCAGCUCAAGCAAAGAGUUUUUCAAACCUUGCAAACAUUUCAGUGGAUUUUACCACCAUCUAGCGAUGGAUGAAAAACAUUUCUUUGCUAACUUAUGUUUCCGUUUUCUUGAAUAAAUUACUCCUCUUUUUUGUCCCAUUGCAGAAUGUGAGGGAAUGUAAAGUAAGGUGGAAUACAGAUGAGAUGACAAAGCAAAGCCAUGUGCAGACAGGAGGGGAUAUCAGUCUGUACAUCAAGUCUUUCUAACCCAAACUGACAUGCUGGUUUAAUUCCUCUGCUAUAAUCCUAUUACAUCACAUCAAGUUAUUACUGAGACGUAACCAUGAUGUCCAUGCAGACAGACAUUAUUAUCUGAGACAGUGCACAGCAAAGACAGAUAAUCACAGCAAACGGUCAGGUCUCCAUUGAGGAAUCAUGUCAGGUUCACCUGAGAUUGAGGAACUACCAGCAACACAAACAGGGCCCAAAGGUGUGAUCCAUGACUGGAGGAAAUUCAAACUUGAGAGUGAGGACCAUGAAAGCAUCCCUCCCAACAAGAGAGAGCUUCUCAGACAGAUGUCCAACCCCAAAUCCAAUAAUGACGACACUCGGGAAAAGCAUGGCCGCAAGAUGAGCACUCAGGAAUACGAGAUGAUCCAAGAAGAGGACGAAAGUUGUCUGCGUAAGUAUCGCAAGCAGUGCAUGCAGGAGAUGCACGAGCGCCUGAGUUUCGGGCCUACGUUUGAUGCCGUAUUUGAGCUGGAUAGCGGGGAGGCCUUCCUGGAUGUCAUCGAGAAAGAGCACCGCCUGACCCUAGUGGUAGUGCACAUCUAUGACGACGGGAUCAGAGGUUGUGACGCACUCAACAACUGCUUGACCUGUCUGGCGGCAGAGUAUUCCACCGUCAAAUUCUGCCGAAUCAAAGCCUCUGCCACUGGGGCGGACGAGCGUUUUUCAGACGACGUUCUGCCCGCCCUUCUGGUGUACAAGGCUGGAGAGCUUCUAGGAAACUUCCUGUCCAUUACAAAGCACUUGAAUGAGGAGUUCUUCGCCAUGGAUGUGGAGAACUUCCUAAAUGAGUACGGUUUGUUGCCAGAGAAAGAGAUUGCAGCCUGUCCUGAUGAGGAAGAGAAUGCUGAUGUGGAGUAAACGAGGAAAUUUAAAGGGUGGAAGUCAAUUACAUUAGUCAACCUGUCAGACUUGUUUCAGAGAUAGAUCGAGUAAUGACUCUGUGACUGCUGGUCCAUGACUCCAACAAACACGCACACCUCAAGGCAUUUACAGUUAAAUACUUCAUAGUGUUAUCAAAAGCACACAAUCCUGCUUGUUUCAGUUCCCAGGGUUCCCACAAUUUUUUUUCAAUGAGUUUCCAUGACUUUUGACCUUUCUACUGGUUUUUGAUUACUGUAUAAGGAUUUUUAAAGACCAGUUAAAUUCAGAUCAAUUCACUCAUGAAUAAUUUGGACCAGUUAAGACUAAUUCGCUGAAAGUGACCCAAGUUUGAGUCCCUUUCCUGAUCCUGUUUCUUCUCAGACUAUUUGUCUCAAAGGCAAAAAUGCCCCAAAAUUAUCAUUUUUAGGGAAAAACAUAAUCACAAAUGGCACAUCGGUAUGGUUUGUGAAGAAGCUGAUGGAAUAUUUUAUAUUGGAGGUAAUUAAUAGUAAUAUACCCUACUGUUCAAAAGAUAGGGGUCAGUAAAAAUGAUUUUGUAAGAAAUUAAUACUUUUAUUCAUCAAGGAUGCAUUAAAUUAAUCAAAAGUAACAGUAAAGAUAUUAUGUUACAAAACAUUUCUAUUUCAAAUAAGU